AUGGCUUCUCUGAUGGAUGAGGUAGAGUCCAAGGAGAAAUACGAAAAACAGAUCGCUAAGUUGAAUGAACAACUAGCGGAACUGGGUCGCCAACUUGAGUUAUCCAAGGAUUGUAACAAGGGAUGGGAAAAAUACAAAAAUCAAGUCGAGAAAUGGAGGAAUGAGAAGCGGUUGGCCGAAGUAACAAGGACCGGAAAGGACUCAGCACGCAUCGCCGACUUGAAUAUCCAGGUAGCAAACCAGAAACACCAUAUUGAAGACUUGGAAAAGAAAUUAGGAGUGCACGACGGCAUGUAUGACGAGAUUGCCGAUACGACAGAAGGAACGGUCCAUUCCCUAUUGGAGUACGAAGUAUUCAGCAGUUGGCUACCUGAACCGCCGGCGUUAAUUGACGGAGUUGGCAUCAAAUUUGCAAACUGGAGGUACCUGAUGGAGAUGAAGUUUCGCGAGAACAGUGAUCACUUCGAUACUCCAGGAUCUCGGCUGGCAUAUCUCAUCAGUUGCACAUCUGGUGAAGCCCAAGAUCAAUUGCUGACUCGCCUACGGAGUAAAAUAUUGAAAUCGAUAACUGAUGUCCCAGACGCGCUUGAGUAUUUGGAAAUGGUGUUCCACAACCCGGAGCUGAGAUCGACUGACGUCCAUGACUUUCGUUUCCCCGGUGAAGACCCGAGCAGUUUCUGGAGAUUGUUCAGGGCCUUUGUUUGGAACGCAGUCAAGCACGAACUGCCGGGAGAAGACUGGAGCUCAAAGCUCCACGAGUUCUUGCAGUGGAAACUCGAGAAAGACAUUGGCGACUUCUCCAGCUACCAGGAGGGCACGUCAAAAGAGUUAGCCAAAGAAGUCUUUUUGCGCCUGCUCCGACAGGAGUGGGAUGAUAAUGCCGGGCUGAUGGGGGGCAAAAAUGGACGAAUUAAUGGGGAGCCUGUCAAGAUAUGA